UUUGCUAUUUCCAGCGAAGACAACAAGUUCGUCAGUGUUGGGUGCGACACUAUUGGCUUCCUCAACAGUUUCCGCGACGGUACACAAUCUACAACGGGAUGCUUGACGAAAUGUGACAGCAAAAAGAGCAUGCAAAUCAUGCAGAGAGAAGGAAAGUGUACGGGGAUAGGGUGUUGCCACGUGGAUAUACCUCCUGGGAUGAAGAACAUUAGCUUACAAGCAUUCAGCUUCAACAAUUUCAAUUCCUCCUUCGGCUUCAACAACUGCAGCACUUCCUUUGUUGCUAAGAAUGGCAACUAUACUUUCUCAGUGGAUCAUUUGGAGCGGUUCCCGUUCGAGAAGGUACCGUUUGUCGUUGAUUGGACGGUUGGAAGCGACACGUGUGAAAAUUCCAAGGGUAGAACCAACGACUAUGCGUGCAAGAAUAAUAGCUAUUGUGAGAACUCCAACACUGGAUAUGGCUACCGAUGCAAAUGUAAAGCAGGCUUCGAAGGAAACCCAUACCUUCCUCAUGGUUGCAGAGACAUAGAGGAAUGUAAGAGUGGCAAACACAAUUGCAUAAGUGAACAGAAUUGUCGUGAAACCGAAGGAUCUUUCGAAUGCUUUUGUCCUGAAGGACAACUCGGAAAUGGAACAAGAGAAGAUGGAGGAUGCCAACAAAGGCAUCAACGUGAUGUAUUUACCAAGGCCGCCAUUGGUGCUGGUCUAGGACUGAUUGCUCUAUUUGUGGGAACUUCUUGGCUAUACUUGAUAUACCAGAAAAGAAAAGUUCUCAAAUUAAAGGAGAAGUUCUUUCAACAAAAUGGGGGUAUCAUUCUAAAACAACAACUCUCUACCAGAAAAGACUCAACUCAAUCUACCACAAUUUUCUCUGUGGAGGAACUUAAGAAAGCGACUAACUAUUUUGAUGAGAACUUAAUUAUUGGUAAAGGAGGUUAUGGUACAGUUUUCAAAGGAACUCUGUCAAAUAACAAGAUUGUAGCUAUCAAAAAGUCCAAAAUAGUUGAUCAGAGCCAGGUCGAGCAAUUCAUUAAUGAGGUCGUUGUACUAUCACAAAUUAAUCACAGGAAUGUUGUCAAACUCUUGGGUUGUUGUUUAGAGACAGAAGUUCCUUUAUUGGUUUAUGAAUUUGUUAACAAUGGUACACUUUAUGAUUAUUUGCAUAAAGAAUGCAAGGCAACUAAUGUAUCUUGGAAAACUCGUCUUAGGAUAGCAACGGAGACAGCUGGAGCUCUAUCUUAUCUACACUCAGCAGCUUCCAUACCCAUCAUCCAUAGAGAUGUCAAGACUUCCAACAUACUCUUAGAUGACACUUACACUGCCAAAGUGUCUGAUUUUGGAACUUCAAGAUUGGUCCCACUUGAUCAAACUGAAUUAGCUACAAUUGUGCAAGGAACUUUUGGCUAUUUGGACCCAGAGUACAUGCAAACAAGCCAAUUGACUGAAAAAAGUGAUGUUUAUAGUUUUGGGGUAGUGCUUGUAGAAUUGCUAACAGGGGAGAAACCUUUUUCUUUUGAUAGGCCAGAGGAGAAACGGAGUCUUACAGUUCACUUUUUAUCUUGCUUGAAAGAGGAUCACUUAUUUGAUGUUCUUCAAAUGGGUAUUUUGGAUAAAGAAAAUAAACAGGAGAUCAUGGAAGUAGCUAUUCUUGCUGCUAAGUGCUUGAGAGUUAUGGGGGAGGAAAGGCCUAGCAUGAAGGAAGUGGCAAUGGAGUUGGAAGGAGUAAAACGAAUGGAAAAACACCCAUGGACCAAUAAAAGCCAAAAUUUUGAUGAAACCCAAUACUUGCUUCAUGAGGCAUACACUCAUAAACAUGGUGAUAGUGGUAGUCAUCAAAAUACUGGAUAUGAUAGCUUGAGAGAUCUUGAAUUAAUUGACUUUGAUGAUGGAAGAUGAUUAACACACAUAACACAACAACUCACAUUUCCACUUCAAUUUAUUUCAAUGUACAACAUAUUUUUGUUGAGAUUUUAUUUCCAUGUCUCUCACCUUAGAUUAAGAGAUUUAUAACUGCAGAAUAUUUUUACUCCUUAUUUAGAGCCCUCUAUUACGCUAUCUUUUAGGUUAUUUUGUCUCCUAAAUUAUAGCUCCUCUAGUACUACAAAUAUUGAUUAUAAUACUCAAUUAUACAUCAAUGGUAAUCGUGACUUUUCAUUUCAUGUAAUUUUUCCUUCUUAAUAACAAC